GUCAAUCACUGUGGUAAACUUAACGAACUUCCUGCUCUUGUCCGCACUGUCAUGGAUUUAUCUGACAUGUUUUUCCAUCACUGCUAACAAGAAUGCAACUUUGUGAAUAUAUUUUUAUUUCUGCGUGAAUAAACGGAGACCGUAAAGCAGGUCGAUGUCUAAAGACAACCGCCAUGAUGGUCGACGCCGUGGCGCCGGGCAGCAUCGCCUUGGGCCAAGAAUCAGCCAAGGUGGGGACGGCAGGGAAAGGUCUGGCAGCAACAGCUCUGGCUCAUCGCACGGAGGAGGCAAGACUAAGAAUGGCUCUCUAACAUCUUUGAAGGCCUCGUUUCAGCGCUCCAACAGCCACGACAAAGUUCGCAAGAUAGUUGCUGAAGAGGGCCGUGCUGCUCGAAACCUCAUCGCCUGGAGUGUCCCUCUUGAGAACAAAGAGGAGGAAGUUAAGUCCAAAGGCAACUCCAGCAGCAGUUCCAGAUUUCAGAGGACCAAUUCUGGACAACAAAAGAACAAAAAGCAGAAUGCUGGUGUGGACAUUAAAGGCACAGCUGGAGCCUUAUUGGACAAAGGCCCGGAGAAAAGCCCCACUAAGGUCAGACAGCCACGAAAAGUAGACCUGCGCGCACGCUACUGGGCUUUCCUCUUUGAGAACCUGCGUCGAGCCGUGGACGAGAUUUACGUCACUUGUGAAUCUGAUCAGAGCGUCUUGGAAUGCAAGGAGGUGUUGAUGAUGUUGGACAACUAUGUCAGAGAUUUCAAAGCUCUCAUUGAUUGGAUCCAGCUUCAGGAGAAAUUGGAGAAAACGGAUGCACAAAACAGGCCCACCUCUUUAGCUUGGGAGGUGCGGAAGAUGUCUCCAGGGCGUCAUGUGAUGCAGAGCCCCACAUCAGACAGAGUGGUACCUUCUCCAGGUGCACGCCGUGCCCUAAACUUUGGUGGUCCUCCAUCAACACUGGCUGCAGCUCGGCUCUCCCACACCGGCCCUAGCUGGGCAGACAGAGUAAAGUGCACCAAGUCUGACAACAGCCCUAAUCAACCUAGCGCUUCCCCUGCAGAAAAACCUGGUAAAAAAGAUGCUGAGGGCUGGGAGACGGUACAGCGAGGGCGUACCGCCAAACCUCGCUCAGCUGCUAUAGUGGCCAAGGUCAGGCCUGUCGUGGCUCAGGUCAGCCCGAAGCAGGACAGUGCCAAGUGUAACCGGUCACUUGUGGUGCCACAGGAAGAGCAGCACCCCCGUUCUGAGCGUCCAUCAGUCAAGGAAGUGAUCCAGGCUGACACUGGACAGCAAGUCUCUGUGGAGCCCGACCCCCUGGUGAAGGUUGAACACCCAGACAAUGAAGGCAUAAUGGAGCCCCCAGCAGAGAAUGUACAAGACUCAGGGCAAUGCGUCAACGCCACCUGUGAAGACGAGCCUCCCCCCAUAGCAUCUCUUACCCCAUCCCAAGCAUCAGAAGGCAUCCCCUCAGCACCCACGUUCCCACCACCUGACACUGCCGUGUUUCUCGCUGUGCCUUCUGUGGCCAUUACAAGCGCCACUGACCUACCCCAGAAGGAGGGGAUCAGUAGUCUGGCGUCCUGUGGGGACACCGGGGCUGAGGGGGGCGCCUCGCAGGGCAUGGCGACAUCUGCUCCGGGACAGGCUGAGACUCCCAUGGCAGUGGUGAAACUGGAGAGUGUACUGGACCCCACAGAGCUUUCUACUCCCCAAUCAAUGGCAGAAGUCUUAGCCAAGAAAGAGGAGCUGGCGGACCGUCUGGAGAAGGCCAACGAGGAGGCUAUCGCUAGUGCGAUCGCAGAGGAGGAGCAGCUAACCAGAGAGAUUCAAGCUGAAAACAACGACCUGGAAACUGACAAUGAGAGCGACUUCUCUACUGGUAUUGGCAGCGGGAGUUAUGGAGCCAAUAUGGAAUGGAGUGACAUGCUGGCAGAUUUUGAUGCUCGGGAGCCAUGGCGUCAGAGUACCACCUGGGGAGAUAUAGUAGAAGAGGAACCUUCACGGCCCCCUGGACAUGGAAUCCACAUGCACGAGAAGCUCUCCUCACCAUCACGCAAAAGAACCAUCGCAGAGUCGAAGAAGAAACAUGAGGAGAAACAGCUGAAAGCACAGCAGCUGAGGGACAAACUGCGCGAGGAAAAGACAUUCAAACUGCAGAAGCUCAUGGAGAGAGAGAAAGAUGUGCGUAAAUGGAAAGAAGAGUUGUUGGAGCAACGUCGUAGGAUGAUGGAUGAAAAGCUGCUGCAUGCGGAGUUCAAGAGGGAGUUACAACUCCAGGCGAUUGUAAAGAAAGCGCAGGAAGAGGAGGCCAAGGUGAACGAAAUUGCUUUCAUCAACACUCUGGAAGCCCAAAAUAAGAGACACGAUGCUCUGGCAAAGUUAAGCGAGUAUGAGCAACGCCUCAAUGAGCUGCAGGAAGAAAGGCAGAGGAGACAAGAAGAGAAGCAGGCCAGAGACGAAGCUGUUCAAGAGCGUAAGCGGGUCUUGGAAGCAGAGCGGCAGGCGAGGGUGGAGGAGCUGCUGAUUCGAAGGAAGGAGCAGGAGGCCCGCAUCGAGCUGCAGCGACAGGAGAAGGAGAAGGCGAGGGAGGAUGCAGCACGGGAAAGGGCGAGAGAUCGUGAGGAGCGUUUGGCCGCUCUCUGUGCGGCGCAGCAGGAAGCCGUGGAGGAGCUCCAGAAGAAAAUUCAGAUGAAGCAUGACGAGAGCAGUCGCAGGCAUAUGGAGCAGAUCGAGCAGAGGAAGGAGAAGGCCGCCGAGCUCAGCAGCGGCCGACACGCCAACACGGACUACGCCCCCAAAAUGACACCGUACGAGCGCAAGAAACAGUGCUCGUUGUGUGGCGUUGUGAUCACCUCAGAGGUGCACCUGUUCAGCCACACCAAGGGCAAGAGGCACCAACAGGCUGUGCGAGACAGUAGCAGCAUCCAGGGACGGGAGCUGUCUGAUGAGGAAGUGGAGCAUCUUUCCUUGAAGAAAUACGUUGUGGAUAUUUUGACGGAUAGCUCAGUUUCCUCUGAGGGCCUGAAGGAUGGAGAGGAGCGGCAAAAAGCAAGAAAGAAAGCAAAGAAGCUCAGAGCCAGGAUGAACUCCAGGGCAAAGGAAUACGAGACAUCAAUGGAUGGAAAUGCUCAGGUCCCUGACUCCCCAUACAAGGCAAAGUUGCAGCGUUUGGUGAAAGACCUGCUGAAGCAGCUGCAGGGCCAAGACAGUGGGCAGUGGGCCAACCACAAAGUGUCUGGUCUAGACAGAACUCUGGGAGAGGUAUCACGCAUCCUAGAAAAACAGAACACUGCAGACCAAGUGGUCUUCCAAGUGAGCGGUGGCCUGUCUGCUCUGGAACAGAUUUUGCAGGUCAUCACUGCUGCUUCCACGCCCACUGCUGUGCCUCGUAUUCCUCCCAAAUCUCUGUGUGCUGUGGAAAACGCCUACUACCUAGCAUGUUCCUGUUGUCCCACCAACUGCUCCUAUGUGCUGUUUACCAACAAGAUCGUCCUUCUUAUAGACCUGCUGUUCCAUCAGUUAACUCUUUUUGUCCCUGAUGAAGACAAGUCCAUAUUUGGUCGCAGCGUGAACAAACUUCUAUUUGAGGGUUUGACCACGGGCCUGCUUCAGACCAUUGCUGGCAUCCUGGAGUCACUGUGGCCAAACAACUCCGACGUCGGAAAAGGCGGAAGCCCAGUGAUCUCCUCUUCAGAUGCCAAGGUCAAGAGCUCGGUCACAGAGUCCUUCAACACUCGUGCGCAAGAUCUAAUCAGCUACAUCGUCAACAUGGGUUUGAUUGACAAGCUGUAUGGGUGUUUCCUGUCCAUCCAAAGUCCCGUAGACGAGCAUCCCAAGAUGUCUGCUUUCCUCCAGCAAGCGUCGGCCAUGCUGCACAGCAUAUGCAGGCUGUGCUUCGUCGUGACUGUACGUCCGUCUAGUAUUUUUGACAAUAAACGCCAAGAUCCGACCGGACUGACGACCCUCCUUCAGUCAACCGACCUCGUCGGAGUGGUCCACACUCUGUACUGUAUUCUGCUACACACGUUUUCACCAGAGUCUGCUUCCCAGAGUCAGGAGCCCUACAGCGCCGGGGUCAUCCAGGUGGCUCUGCAUGGCAUUCGCUUCCUCAACAUUUUUGCCCUUCUCGACCUGUCUGCCUUCCAGUCUGUUCUAGGAGCCGAGGGACUGUCUUUGGCUUUCCGGCACAUCGUCAGCUCCCUGCUUUGGUACUGUACCCAGCAUUCCUCUGAAGAGCUGCUGCACGAAGUCAUAAUCUGCGUGGGAUACUUUACUGUUAACCAUCCUGACAACCAGGUAAUAGUGCAGUCUGGCCGCCAGCCCAGCGUGCUGCAGAAACUGUGUCAGCUGCCCUUUCAGUACUUCAGUCACCCGCGCCUCAUCAGAGUCCUCUUCCCAUCGCUCAUCUCGGCCUGCUACAACAACUCUCACAACAAAGCCAUCCUGCAGCAGGAGAUGACCUGCGUGCUGCUGUCCACGUUCAUACAGGACUGUGUUUCAAACGAAAAGGAUUCAGACACUAAAACGGCAAAUACAGAUAUCCAGAAAAUGCUGGAUUACUGCGAACUGUCCAACCGCUUUCCAGCUGAUCAGUGGGAUUCAGCUCUGCAGUUUUUUCUCAAGAAACAGGAGGAGUGAUGGAGUCAACAGAAACAAAACAAAAAAAGCACACGACAGAAGACACCGUAGAGACUGUUUCAUCUGAAAAGAUGCUUAACUUAGUCAAAUGUUUAUUUUCUAAAGCCGGGGUGCGUUAUUCCAGGCUUGGAGGGCCGGUGUCUCUACAUGCUUUCAGAUAAACUUGUCUUGCUGAUUACCUGGAUCAGGUGACCUCUCAGAAGAUGUAAAAGCAGAGUUUGUUUGAAAGCCAGCAGGACAACGGCCCUUCCUGCCCACCCCCGUUCUAAAGCCUUCUUCUAGGUUUUUGGAGUUAUGGUGAUUUCGUGAAACUCAUCUUGAUGUUUAAGGAAAUUUUGCACAAUUUGUGUUUUCAAUGUCUUAUGUUCUUUCCGUUUUAACACGUUUUGUGCUGUCCCGGUCACUUGUAUCAUUCUACUUGUUCUAUAAAACAGAAAUGCUGACAUUUUCAAACCCAGUAUGUUCACUUACUGUAAUUUAUUACUUGCCAAACGUUUUUGUUUGUACGGUUUAAUUUAUUUUACAUGUUUUGUUUGACUGUAAAGUCUUUGAAUUUCUUAAGAAUAUGCCAGUUACAAGUUCAACUGCAGUCCUGUGUUUAAAAAUGCUGUUUACUUGUCUUUACAUUCUCCUGUUGGAAGCUACUUAUAAAUUAAUAUAAUUUAAUUUUUUUUUUCUUUUUAAAACGUUGAAUAAAAAUGUUUUGGGGCA